CUGGCUUGGAGGAAGUUUGACAUCUGAGAUGUUGCAGCAGAUGCAGACUAGAACUUGGUAGAUGAGAAGGAUGGACGUGUGAAGGAAAAAAGCCGACUGUGUGGAAAAAUUAAAGAGUGGCUGCUGGUGACGGAGUAGAGUUCAGGAAAUAAUCCCAGUCAGACGUCACUGACAUGAUGUGGAAAACAACUGUCCUCCUCCUGCUUCUGCCUCAUCUGCUCUCCUCUACAGGAACAGAAAACAUCAAGCAAUUGAACCAAUCAGAAAUCAACGAGGAGUUCUCUGAUGCUCCUGUCAAAAUCCAGAAACCUACAGGAGGAGUCAAAGGCUGGGACUCGUGUUCCAUCCCGUGUGACAUCACUGUCAAGCUGCUACGAGAUGAGAAACAUUCAAUCUGUGGCCAGUUACAGCAGUCUCUGUUGGCGUUUGGACGAAGCACCAGGAAGCUCAUGAGGGAUGUGAUGGAGGAGCAGCAGAGAGCCCUGGACAUCCUAAGCAGUCAGGUGACAGAGCUGAUGACCAAAGUUCAGACGCUCAGCUCCGAAGUUCAAAGAAGCAACACUGAGAUGUACUCAAUCAAACCUGUGCAAUCCCACGGAAGGGAUUGCAGUGAUAUCAAGGACAAUCUUAUGUCAGUCGUCCCGAAGAUCCCCAGUGGUAUUUACAUCGUCCACCCAGAGAACAUGGACUCCUCAUUUGAGGUUUUCUGUGAGAUGGAUUACAUGGGAGGUGGAUGGACGGUGAUCCAACGCAGGACAGAUGGAUUGACUGACUUCAAACGUCCCUGGGCCGAUUAUUCCGAUGGCUUUGGAAAUCUUGCAGGAGAACACUGGCUGGGUCUGAAGAAGGUAUUUCAUUUAGUAAACCAGAAAGAAACUCGGUUUCAGCUUCACAUCGCUCUGGUCUCCAGUGAUGACAUCACCUCUUAUGCGUCAUAUGAUGAUUUCCAAGUGGACAGUGAAACCCAAUUCUUCAGUAUACACCUGGGCAGAUAUGCAGGCAGCGCAGGUGACGCGUUUCGCGGCUACGAGCAAGAGCAGAACCAGGACACGGCUCCAUUCAGUGCCUCAGAUGUGGACAAUGACGGCUGUAACCCUUUUUGCUCCAUUGACAACCGCACAGUGGAGAGCUGCAGCACUAUACAAAACAACACAGGAUGGUGGUUUAACCAGUGUGGCCUGGCAAACCUAAACGGCUCUCCUGAAGAUGCAGAGCAGAACCUGGGACAAAAAAUGCACAUCCUGUGGGACACCUGGAGACAGAACGGGAUCCCUCACACUAUUAAAUCUGUUACUAUGAAGAUCAGGAGGAUUGCAACCAAUAACUGACAGAGAGGAGGAGGUUGAGGAGAAUAAGCAGAGGGAGAAAAGACAAAAGCACAUUUUGUACAUGUUGCGCUGCAUAUUUGUACAACAUAAAGUUUUAUUAAACAGGA